CACACGAACAAGAUGGCGAUUUCUAGUACAGCAGUUACACGAGGAAGGCAAUGCUUCCGUUCCGUUUUUAACGACUUCAACCUCGGAAAAAGGCUGCAAAAACUGUAUUUCAAACAAAGUUUUACGUUAAAUUCGAGGCACAGUAAAUGCUACAUGAGCACAGAGACAAGAAAAGUCACUUUAAUGCCAGGCCAUGGUAUUGGUCCCGAAAUCUCUGAUGCAGUAAAGGAAGUGUUCAGUGUUGCGGAGGUACCAAUUACUUGGGAAGAAGUUAAUGUUGAACCUAUUGUUUUACCAAGUGGUAAGACUACAGUUCCUCCUGCAGUCAUCAAGUCCAUCAACCAAAACAAGGUUGGAUUGAAAGGGCCCAUGGAAACCAAGAUUGGAAAAGGACAUGUUUCUUUAAACCUGACUUUGAGAAAGACAUUUAAUCUGUUUGCAAAUGUUCGACCUUGUAUGUCGAUCGAAGGUUAUCCCACUGCGUAUAAGGAUGUUAAUUUGGUGACCAUACGUGAAAAUACCGAAGGAGAGUACAGCGGAAUUGAACAUUUGGUUGUUGAUGGCGUCGUUCAAAGCAUAAAAUUGAUCACGAAGCAAGCUUCAUCUAGAGUUGCGGAAUAUGCAUUCAGUUAUGCUCUAGCAAAUAAUAGACACACAGUUACUGCAGUACACAAAGCAAAUAUAAUGAGAAAAUCAGACGGAUUAUUUCUACAAUGCUGUCGUGAAGCUGCAGAGAAAUAUAAAGAUAUAAGAUACCAGGAAACCUAUCUGGACACGACUUGCUUGAACAUCGUUAAAGACCCAAGUCAAUUUGACGUGCUGGUCAUGCCAAACUUGUAUGGGGAUAUUUUAAGUGAUCUUUGUGCUGGACUCAUCGGGGGUCUGGGGGUGACUCCUAGUGGAAAUAUCGGUGAAGAUGGAGUCGCCAUAUUUGAGUCCGUUCACGGUACUGCCCCGGACAUAGCAGGAGAAGACAAAGCAAACCCUACAGCUCUCUUAUUGAGCGCAGUAAUGAUGUUGCGUCACAUGAAUUUGGGUGACCACGCCGAACUUAUCGAAAACGCUACACUCAAGACUAUAAGGGAAGGAAAGGUGCGUACGAGGGACCUGGGUGGUAAUGCAGGCUGUGCAGACUUUACGAAAGAAAUCUGCGAUAAUUUGGAACGAUGUCAAUGUUGAAGAGCCAAAUCAUCCAGAAUCUGGUAUUCAAACGUCUUAACAUGUCGGAGGACGUACAUAACGCAUGCAAGUUUAUUUAUGCAGUUUCGGUAUAAUUUAAUUAUACUCUGUAAAUAUUUUAAGCCAAAGAAGCUUUGAAUUUUGCGUUGAA